AUGAGAUUUCAGCAGUUAGCUCUCUUCGGCCUGGUUGCUCUGGCAGCUUCGGUUCCUCUUUCUGCGAAAGAUAGCCGUGCCAAACUUGCAUCAGAAGCCUCUCUGUCUCGUAAGAAUGAGUACAGCGAUGUCUCCACUCGUGCCACUGUCCCUGGCUUCCAGAGCGAGAGAGUCAACAUGGUUCUUCGCGGCGAAGCAACCGCGAACGGUACUAGACAUGGCAAAGGUGGUGAGGGUGGCAAACAAGGCGGGGAAGGUAAAGACGGCAAAGAAGACGGAAAAGGCAGAAAAGAUGAAGAAGGCGACGAGGAUGAAGAAGACGAUAAUGACGAGGGUGAUGGUGAUGAAGGCGAUGAUGAGGAGGGUGAGGAAGGUGGUGAUGAUGAGAAAGGUGAACAUGGCAAGGGAGGUGAGCACGGUAAGGGAGGUGAGCACGGUAGGGGAGGUAAACAUGGUAGGGGAGGUGGACAUGGUCAGGGAGGUGAGCAUGGUCAUGAAGGCCAGCAUGGCCAAGAAGGCAAGCAUGGUAAUGGAGGCGAACAUGGCCAGGGAAGCAAACCUGGUCAUGAAGGCCAGCAGAACCAGCAGGGACAUGAUGGCCAAGGGGCCAAACAGAAGAUGCAACGGGGCUACCACGACCUCUAA